AGACGGAGAGGGGCAUGGAUAAGCGGCCGAGAAGAGGUUGUAAUCUUGUAGAUUCUCCCGAGUCACCUGGGCGGGGGCAACUCGCCGACGAACCCUCGAAGCAGAUGGCCACCAGCCCGCAGGAGUAGGACGGCCAAUUCACCAUCGGCAAUGUAAUUGUCACAACUUCCAGCCACAAAUUCGCCAAAAAAGGAAAUAAUUGCCAGUCAAAGAUCCCCGUAGAAAAUAUUCGCCGCUGAAAAAUCGCAAGCACUGUGCAGUUCAAAACCAUUGGUCUGAAUGCAUGCGCGCAGCUCGCCUGCCACAAGUCGUCCAUCCCUUCCCCCGUGGAUCGUGACCAGCGAUCCGAACGGGAGAAUAUUACACCUCCCGGCAAAUUAAGAAGAAGAAUAUUGCACCCCCGAGUCCACGGCGACAGCACAGUGCGGCAUGCCGCCGUGCGUGCCGGCUCGAUCCAGUCACGCCCAAGUUGGCAGUUGCCCAUCAGCUCGCGCCUCGCGGCUAGCUUCCGGCUGUGCCCCACCGGCCGGAGCCAUUUUUCCAAGCUUAAAAGGGACGGCCGAGGACUUUGAAAUUUUAGAAACCACGCUCGUCCCCCAUCCAGCAGCUCACUCGCUCUCCGGUCGAUCGCUCUCUCGCCAGGCCGAGCCACACCGCCACUUGCCACGAUAUUUCCUCGCUCGCUUGCUUGCUCGCCCGCUCCUUCGACCGAUCGCCUGCACCACAAGCUGGCCGGCCGGCAGCGCGCUCGGUCUCCCAUGCGCUGCCUUUGACUACCGCAGCUCCACGAGUCCGCACCCCGCACAUGGCGUGAGAGCGUGGGCUAGCUGCUGCGUAGCUGAUUAGUCCAAGAAGUCCAAGCUCGUGCACGUUGAAGCUUGCGUGCGUGCGUGCAGAGUUCGUGAAGGGAGAGGAAGGAAGAAACCUACUAUGGCCGCGCAGGAGGGCGCCGCGGGGACGGCGAACCAGGUGGCGAGGGUGCGGUACGGCGACGUCGACGACAGCAACUUCAUGCUGCGCGGCCGCGCCGUGCCGCUGCUGGCCGGCCUGCUCGCGCUCCUCGUCGCCUUCGUCGCCGUCUGCCUCUACCUGCGCUGGGCGUGCGGCCGCCGCCGCGCCCGCCGCGACGCCGACCGCGAGGCCUCGUCCUCGUCCGCCGCGGCGUCGCCCGUGCCCGGCCUCGACGCCGACGCCAUCAAUGGGCUGCCCGUCACGCUCUACAGCCCGCCCGCCUCCUCGCCGGUGCGCUCCCCUUCUCGGCAGAAGGGCGACGGCGGAGACGAGGAGCAGGCGGCGGAGUGCUCGAUCUGCAUCAGCGCGCUGGUGGCCGGGGACAAAGUGAAGGCGCUCCCUCCCUGCGGCCACUGCUUCCACCCGGAGUGCGUCGACGCCUGGCUCCGCUCCCAGCCCAGCUGCCCGCUCUGCCGCACCCUCCUCCUCCCCGCCGCCGCCGUCGCCAAGCCGGUCGACGUUGUCAACGGAGGCGACCCGCCGCCGGUGUGACUCGUGAGCCAGAAGACAACGUGCUCGCACGCCAAGUCGCCAACUCACCGAAGCAUGACAAGCAGGCCCCACCUGUAAGCCACUUACUGCUACCUUGACCGCAAGAAAGCCCGUCCCGGUUUAACAACAGAGCCAAAUGAGCAAUGUGGCUACCGUACCUGUCCCCGCGAGACGCGUCAUCGCCGGCCGGAAAGGCAGCGCCAGCUCUGCCAUGGCACGACGGGAGCCGUUCUUUCGCAGGCCGGCCGGCGUGGGGUCGCGUCAUCUCUCCGGCCACUUUUCUACCUUAAAUUUUCUGUUCAAGCCUCCAAAGGGAAGGACAGUGGUGUAGGCUGUACAUUAAAAUUAUUUGUGCCAUGAGUAUUGUAGUGCCGUCACUGCGUACGCGGUGGCAGCUCAGUGGUGCCCGAGCUAAUGGCAUCUCGAUGUGUACGUAGUUUAUCAGCACUGACACGGGCAGCUCACCCUUAAUUAAGUCCCGGGAUCUCUCUGCUUGUCACCAUCCUGAUCGCGUUUGCGUAUAGUAAUCUGCACUUUUGGGGCAGCUCCCGUAA